AUGGACGACAUUCAUAUGACGGCAAAAUGGGCGAAUCGAAUGCUACGACCUUUAACAUCCCUCUAUCAUCGUCUCGGUAAACACAGCGAAUCAAUCAACGCGCAAGAAGAAGAAAUCAACAAAAUUGUGGCUGUGGCUACGGGCAUCGAGUACACCAAGCGAGACGCCUCUGGUGACGCCGAACAUCAUUCCGAAUACGGCGACCAAGACCCGUCCUGGAUUCCACGAAAUCCCGAGUCGAAUCGCGUCAAACAUAAGUAUGUGGCUAGGGGUGAACGACUUCGACUUCAACCGCGAGUGCGAGUUCGGUCGGUAAUGCAGAGUCCAGAAGCAACGAAAACCUUGCCUGGCGCGAUUGAAAUCGCAACACCAUUGAUCACGGGGAAAUCAACGAACUUGUUUAGUACGAACAACAAAGAGUCAGGUACCUUUCGUCAGCAAGAUGAGCCAGACCCAGAAAAAACCAAACAGUCAUUAUUAACUCAGGGCAUUGCUGAAAAGAUAUCACGGAGGCCAAAGAAAUAUCGGCCUUCGCACCCAGAUCCUCAGUGGAGGCGAGAAUUGAAUGCAACGAACAUUCUUAAAUACUUCGAUAUCGCGGUAUCCUUGGACGGCUUGUUUCUGAAAUUUUUAGAGAAAACGCGAUCGAUGGACUCGGGUUCUAAAAGUUCUACCAGCGGAGCUCGAUCAUUGCUGGUGACAGUCAUUCGACGGUUACCCGAAUUCAUCGCCGAGGAACAACGAUUACAAGAUGAGCUUGACAAUAAUGAUGAGAUUGAUAUGGCGGAUGCAUAUUUUACAGAGUUGGAGUCGGCAUAUGGCUCUGAGGGCAAAGGAUGGCUACCUCUCCGUGAGGCCGUGCGCUCGCAAGGGAUAUUUUUGAUUUGUGACAUGGUGCAAAAGAACUGGAUCCACCAAUUGACAACAACUAAUCUGCUUUACCAUUGUAUCAACGCCAAAGAGAACGAUGCGGUCGAGAGGAUACUGAGCGUGCUACUUUCGAAACUGGAUCCUUACAACUUUCCCUGCGGUUUCAACCCUUGGAGACCAGAUACACCCGGUCGUGAUCCUAUCCGGCUUUUGCAAAGAUACUGGCAGGUGUCUGGAAACAACUCCUAUGUUUUCAAGGAAAUAGAGCUGCUACUGCUGCGGAAUAUCAUGCCUCCGGAGUGGUUGGUUACUACGACUUUAAAGGAUUGCGUUAUAGCUGCAUGCACAUCGCAAUCCAAAUGGGAUGGCGAAUAUGCCGCUGCCAUCAAGCUGAUGAAGACGAUUCUGAUAACCGCAGCUGAUGCUCACAGAGAUCGAAAGGUCUUGAAGAAGACUCGAGGCAGGAAGCAGUCGAAGCUAACAAAACGGCGACAGAAUCAAGGUUCUUCGACAUCACAAGCAGGUGGACCGGAUUCGGAUCUAAGUCGAUGCCCGGUGCAUCUUCAAGACGCCACCAGCAAUCUAGUCUCUAGUCUGAAUGCUGCACUGUGUUGUAUGUAUGGUGUACGCAUGGGGCAACCAGAUGGCCCAGACCAUGUUUCGGGUGCAAGAAUAGUGAAGACUUACAACGAUUUAGCUAUGACAAUACAACGUUCCUUGCCACUAAGUGGUUUGGAGAUGGAAGAUAAUGAGGCAAGCCGAGCCUCCUUACUUCGAAAAGGCUACAUACUCCUAGCUCAUUAUGUAUUGAGGUGUCAACAAGACCUCUUAUCGCUGGACGAUACAAACGUGGAAAUUCUCGAUGUCGUUUUGAGUCAGGAUUGCGAGCCCUUUUUCGUUCUCUUGGAACAGAAUGCGGAUAUUAUUAAGAGUCUUUCAGCAAUGGUUUGCCAGAUUGUUCGACUUUCCGAACGGGGCGGCGAGCAAGCGCAGUGUCGACAAGCACGAGGGCUUUGUAAAUAUCUGUUAAAAUUUGAGCGAUUCGAGCUAGAAAAACUUACGUUAUUCCUCGGCAAGAUUGCCAUCGAGGUGGCUUUGGACUUUGCGCAAUACAGCCAGGAUGCCGAAGAUCAUACUUUUGCGGCUGACAUACAAGAGGCAGUUGCAGCCAUUCGAAGAGGUAUCAAAAGCAAGAGCAGCUGCGCUCCAACGCCUGGAAAAUCCAGCAUGCAAUCUUUUAGAUGGGAGGAAGGUAUUGGCGAGUGGAUUGCAAAGACACCCUUGGAUAGGACCAAGGCUGCAAUGCCUCGGGUCCUGACCCGACCGAUGGUAGAAAUAAAUAGAGUCGGAUCACCUUCUAGUGUCAGUGCGGGAUCACCGUCGUCUAUCAACUCAGUGUCCAGCAAGACUUCAAUAGCAUCGUCUAGUUCAGUCAGUCUCAAAAGGAGGAGAACAUCAGUUGUCAGCGCACAACCGAAUGUCAAGCGACCCCGGCGAAUCUACAAGAAAAAAGCCUACAAGAAGACUAGGCAAUCUACACGGAUAGCGACAAGACUCAGCGAUAUUUCAGUAGGGACUCAGGGCGAAGAACACAAUCACUCCAGCAGCCACAGCGAUUACGAAAGUGAUUACGAAGAUGUUGAAGAGGAUGAAGAUGCCGAAGCUGCAUCCGAAAGUGAAGAAUGGCUACCACAAACCGAAACAGGAGACACAUCUAUUGAUGUACAGGACAGCAGAGCCGUUAGAGAAUUGCAGGGCAGUGUUGCAAAUGCACAGGCGCAAAGGAUGCGGGCGAAUUUUGAUGUGAUCAUCCAUAAUGUUGCUGCGGCGCUCGUUCCACCGAUAAAACGUGGACGCGGACGACCUCGGAAGCAAGUUGCCGAGCCAGCCUCUUCCUCUGCAUCGCAGACAGCGAGCCUUCAACAACAUGAAGACGUGUCACACCGGCGUCGGGUCAUUCCUUGUUCUGAAGACGAAAGUAGUGACGACGAGUUGAGUUUUCUGUAA